AUGAAUUAGAAUAUCGAAAAAGACUUCAACUCAACUGCUGAUGAUAGCGCUUAGGAAGCUUUAAUUAGAAAGUUUGAUAAAGUAUAGCCUAUUGAAGAGGAAGAAGAAGAAAUAGAUCAUCAUGGUGGUACAGGAAAAUCAGAAGCCUCAGUAUUUGGAGCAUCAUUAAAUCUUUUUAAGAGUUUGGUAGGAAUAGGAGUUCUUGCUCUCCCAUAGGCUUUCAGUCAAAGUGGGUGGGUUGCUGGACUAAUAUUAAUGCCUCUUUGUGCUAUUGCAAUGCUCUAUUUGAGUCAUGAAAUUAUUAGAAUAGCUGAAGAAAAGUAGAGUAAAGCUAAAAAUGUAGUUGAAUUUGUAAAAUAAACUGCCAAUAGAGGGCAUGUAAUUGCUGUCAAUGCUUGCCUUUUUACAUUCUAAACUGGUAUAUGUAUUUCAUAUGUCAUAUUUUUCUUAUAAUACAUUUAAGAGUCCUUUUGCAAUAUCGACGGCAGUAUUUACCCUUGUAGCUCUAAGGUAAUUUCUGUAAUAAUUUCUCUUAGUUGUUUGAUUCCACUAGUCUUUAUCCGUGACAUAAAUAAGCUAAAAAUUUGGAGCAUGCUUGGUAAUGUUGUGGUAAUGGUUUCUCUUGUUACAGUAAUGAUUUAUAGUUUUUAUUAUUUGGGAACUGACGGAGUGGGUAAUAUUUAGGCUGUUAAUUGGAGCACUAUAGGAAAAUCGAUAGGUGUUUUUAUAUUUACUUUCGAAGGUAUUGGAGUUUAUUUCAACAUCAGACACUCUAUGAAACAACCAUCUCAUUUUUACAAAGUUCUAAAUUAUUCAAUCUCUGUAGCUGUUACUCUUUAUUGCUCAGUUGGCUUAAUUGGUUAUCUAACAUUUGGUAGCGGAGUAAAUGACAUUAUCCUAUUUAGCUUUGAAUAAUCUAACAUUCCUAUGCAAAUAAUAAAAUUUGCAUACUGCAUUUCCCUCAUAUUCAGUUUUCCUAUUUAGAUUUUUCCUUGUGUUAAUGUAGUAGAAUCUAAAUUAAAAAAGAUAAUAUAUGUUAAAGCACCACAAAACUUUGAUAAGGAAAGACCUCAAGAAAAUAAUUCUGAUAAUUCAUAUAUUUCUUCUGUUUAAGAAGCUUAGCCUCUAAUUGAUCCAGUAAUUAAAAAAUAAUAAGAUAAGAAUUUUUUAAUUUUUUCAUCUUUGACACGUCUCUUCUUCGUUUUUCUUACAUAUGUUAUAGGUAUUAUUUUUGAUAAAAUAUCUGAUUUCCUUUCUUUAACAGGAAAUAUUUGUGGAAUAUAUUUGUGCUAUAUUAUUCCAGUGUUUGUUAUUUAUUACCAAGACAAAAAUCUCCCCAAGUAUAAAACCAUAUUAAACUUUACAAUAAUGAUUAUUGCAAUUGGUUUUGGUAUUUAUGGUCUCUACUGCACAAUCCUUUAAAUUAAAGACGAUUUCUUUUGA